AUGUUAUUUAUUGAGCAACAGCUCCGUGGUAGUGGAUUCUCUCAUGGAAUUGUGGAAUCAUCUGAGAUAGCACCUCCGCAACAGCAACUUAGGCAGUUGAGCAGUGAAGUGGCCACGGGCAGAAAUGUCGAGCAACAUCAACCUGUGCUGCCUGCGAUAUUGGUACCAAAAAGUGAACAAAUGGAUGAUGCAUAUAAUGAAAAAUCCAUGGAUGAGUAUGUGCUGGGAUAUGACACAAAUGAAACAGAUGAAAGAGCUAGAUCUCCACGUGGUGAACAAAAUCUCAACCAAAGCUCAAGUGCUGUGGGACGUCCGCAGACGCAGGCGACGACACGUCGAGGAGGACAGCGCGGGCGAAGACCGCCAGAGCGCAGCGCCUCCGCUGCUGCCUCUGGGCCAGACGGCACGCCCUCGGGGCGAUCCAGCCGCAAGCUCUACUUCACGUGCGGCGAAUGCCCCGCCAGCUUCUCUUCGCACCAGUGCCUCGUCUUACACAAACGCGCGCACACCGGAGGGCGGCUGUUCCGCUGCGACGUGUGCCACAUCGCCUUCACGAAGCUGAGCACCCUGGUGACGCACAGAGCCAUCCACACCGGGGAGCGCGCCUACAGGUGCGACGUGUGCGGCAAAGCCUUCAACCGCUCCAACAUCCUGAGCCGCCACAAGCGAGCGCACACGGGCGAGCGGCCGUACAGCUGCCACGUGUGCGGAAUGGCCUUCUCGCAGUCGGGCAGCCUGGCCCGCCACCUGAUCACGGCCCACAAUGUAACUCCGCGCGGGAGGCAGCCAGCCGGUCAAGUGAACUCUUCCACGGGCGCAGACGCGCAAGGGGGCGGACGCAAUAGCUGAUGUGGUCGGUGAAAGUUCGCUCCCUUGGGUAUGCCCUAAACGCCGACAUUCGGUGGGUAGGGCAAAUACCGAAUGUUCGUCGCUCGGCAAAUAGCAAGCGCCUCAAGACGGCUCCACACAUGCUGUAUUCGGCGGAUCCCGAGUAGUGUGGACGGGUUG